AUGGAAGCCCAGUCCGGGGACCUGCAGGCUUCUGCGAAUCCCGCGCCGGAUGACCUCCCGAACGGCAAGCGACGAUGGCGCCGGAAUCGAGUGGCUUGCGAUUCAUGUCAUACCCGACGUGUUCGAUGCGACCGGGCUUUCCCUUGCUCCCGGUGCCUGCGCAGCGAUACUCACUGCGAAUUUACUCGGGAACGCAGAAAACGAGGACGGAUCGCACGUUCCAAACUACCAACCGGCCCCGCCGAAUCUACUUCUACCUCCAACUAUACUCGAAGGGAAUCCAAUGAUGAUCAGAAAGUUCUCAUGCAACCAGCGUUGUCGCCAAUGCAGCCAAGCUCCCCGGAUUCCUCCUUUCAACCCAGAUCGCCAAUGACGAAUGAACCGAGUCCCUCAGUCGCCAGCGUCGAUGGUCCAAAUCCUGCACCGGAUGGCCACAAUCCCUCCCGCGCGGUGCCGGAAGCGACUAAUAACCCUACGGAGGAAUGGCUAUCAGCCGCGAACUUGUCGCCAGACUCAUAUGAGGUCUUGGGUGAUGUAAAUGGAGGGGACGGGUCGUUGCCCCGUAUUUUGGAUCUUUGGAGCCCGGUUGAUUUGGCAGGCCAUCCGCCACACCCUCCGCAAGGUCAAUCCAUGCCGGCGCCAAACGUCCCUGGCCAAAACUAUGGCACCAACAAAAGAUCGGGUUUGAAGUACCCCGUACUGGAACCCGUCAUGCCAUUCCUGGGGUCCAACUUACCCCGUCGCUUGGUCGGUGAUCUACUUGAACUAUAUUUUACCAGCGCCUUUUCGACCCACAUGCAUCCAGUCUGUCACCAUAUUCACUGUUAUGUAUUGCGAAAGGCCUCUUUCUUGAGCACAGAUCAUCCUCGACCAAGCAGCCCGGCCUUACUAGCCAGUAUGCUCUGGGUUGCCGCCGUUGAUGAUCGCGCGUUCUCUUUGUCCAUCUCUCCUUUGCAGCGCCGAAAGAUUUGUCAAUUUUUGUGCGCCUUAACGAUCCGACUACUUCGACCAUUAAUUCAUGUUUCUUUCAAAGACCACGAACCGCCGGAUAAUGCCAAUGGUCCUCAAGAUUUUGCAGCGGCAGCAGCACAUCAUCCGUUUGAAGGAGUGGGCGAUGACAAAGGGCUCGUGGGACCGGCCGGCUCGCUCGACGAUGUGAUCACGUAUAUACAUGUUGCAUCUAUUAUUUCCUCCAGUGAGCAAAAGGCAGCUAGUAUGCGAUGGUGGCAUGCGGCCUUCACAUUGGCUCGAGAGCUGAAACUCAACCAGGAGAUCGAAGUUAUUCCCCAUUCGGAUGGCCAAAGCGAUGGAUCAAGUCCAUCCUUUGGAUACUCAUUGGGAGGCUGGGCAAGUUCCCCUGGGGGGCCUGCCUUCGACUACUCAAAUCCAUCCAGGCCAAGUUUGAACUGCAUCUGUGAUGAAAAGCGUAACCCGCCAAGUAAUUUCCUAGUGACCGAAGAAUACCGCGAAGAGCGCCGUCGAACCUGGUGGCUACUUUAUAUUAUGGAUCGUCAUUUGGCGUUGUGCUACAAUCGGCCACUGGCUCUCCUCGAUGCCGAAAGCGAAGAUUUGCUUCUCCCCCUGGACGAGGGUUCCUGGCAGGCCGGGAACAUCCACAGCAAUAGUCCUCGCUCUGACGGGCCCCAAUGCCUUCGCUCUGGCGAUCGAAACAAGCGCCGUGUCUUCCCCAACUUCAUCUGCCACGACCACUCUAUUCUUGGAUUCUUCCUUCCACUGAUGACCAUCACUGGAGAACUGAUCGAUUUGAACCAAGCGCGAAAUCACCCUACGUUAGGCUUGCGGCUGCAAGGCAAGGAAGCCUGGGAAGUUCAUGUUGCGGAAGUUUUACGGCAGCUUGAGAUCUACAAGGCGAGCCUGACCACCUUUGCCGCCGCCACGGUUGUUGACCCCGAGUCAACUGCUUUUACCGGCAAACCAGACGAGCAGCCUAUCGACCCAAAACUCUCCGAGGCAUAUUCGUGGCAUACCCAAACAGUGAUUGCCUACUCGUCCUACUUGGUUCAUGUGCUUCAUAUUCUUCUUGUUGGCAAAUGGGAUCCUGUUUCCCUGAUCGAGGACAAGGACUUUUGGACGUCCUCCCCGGCCUUUGCAUCGACAAUCUCGCAUGCCCUCGAGGCUGCGGAUUCCGUACAGCAGAUCUUACGAUUUGAUCCGGACAUCAGCUUCAUGCCAUACUUCUUUGGAAUCCAACUGCUGCAGGGUAGUUUCCUCUUGCUCCUCAUCGUGGAACGGCUCCAGAAGGAAGCCGGAGAGGGGAUUUUGAAUGCCUGCGAGACCAUGAUCCGGGCCACGGAAUCCUGCGUUGUCACCCUUAAUACGGAAUAUCAGCGGAGCUUCAGACAGGUGAUGCGCAGCGCUGUCGCUCAAGCUCGCGGGCGACCGGUGAACCCUAGUGAAAUUCGACACAGGCGUAAAGCGGUGUUGGCUCUGUACCGAUGGACGCGUAAAGGGACUGGAUUGGCUCUGUGA